AUGCCACUAACGAUGGACAAGACCGCUUCCCGACCGUCCCGGAAGGACACCGUCCUGAGUCGCCGGUAUAUUGAGGGACAGAUUGCGGAGGGAAAGCAUGUCGUUAUCUUUGAGGGUCGCGUCCUGAAAGUGGAUGCUUACAUGAAGUUCCACCCUGGUGGUGAGAAGCCGAUGAAGCAUAUGGUGGGAAGGGAUGCGACCGAUGAGAUCAAUGCACUUCACUCGAAAGAGGCCCGCGAGAUCAUGCUUUCGUACCAGAUUGGCCGAAUCGAAGGCAUCUGGUCCAAUUUCCUCCCUCCCAUUCAAGGCGGCAAGUUCCGCCCUUACAUUGAAGACGCCGGCUCGACCGAAGAGGACCUGUCUAUAAGAGACAACUCCAGCUCGGAGGGAUCCAUUCCCCCGUCACCAAUAUUCGAUGCGGUCGACUCAAGUUCUACAAUUCGUCGAAAGAACCCUUCGCCGAACACGGACAGUUCUGCCGUGUCAACGCCUCCAAACGAAGAUGACCAGCCGCGGCCACAUUUCCUGGACGCUCGUACGCAGGAACAGAUUGUGUUCGAUAAGGCCAAAUACCCGUCACUGGACACUGCGAGCCAGGAAAGUAUCAAGCAGAAGUAUCGGGACCUGAAUGAGCGUAUGCUCGCCGAAGGCUUGUUUGACUGCAACUAUAUGUCCUAUUUCAUCGAAUGCUGUCGGUACACGCUUUUCGCUUCUCUGUCCUAUAUUUUCCUGCGCCUCGGCUGGUGGGCCAUGUCUGGAUUUUGGCUUGGUUGCUUGUGGCACCAACUUGUGUUUACUGCCCAUGAUGCUGGCCAUAUGGGUAUCACGCACAACUUCCACGUGGAUACCAUCAUUGGUAUCAUUAUCGCCGACUACAUCGGUGGAUUGAGCCUGGGAUGGUGGAAGCGAAGCCAUAACGUGCACCACAUCGUGACUAACGAGCCUGAGCAUGACCCGGAUAUUGAGCAUAUCCCCUUCUUUGCGAUCUCCCAUCGGUUCUUUGAUAGCCUUCAGAGCACCUAUUAUGACCGUAACAUGACCUUUGAUGCCUUUUCCAAAGUGAUGCUGAAGAUUCAGCACUAUUCCUACUACCCUAUCAUGAUGCUGGCCAGGUUUAACCUCUAUCGUCUUAGCUGGGAGUACCUCCUUAAACGCCAAGCUCCAAAGAAGGGUCCUGCGAGGUGGCAUGUCUGGUUGGAGUAUGGUGGUCAGUUAUUCUUCUGGUACUGGUACUGCUACCUCGUGGUAUACAAGACUAUCCCGGACUGGAGCAGCCGACUUACCUUCAUCAUGGUAUCCCAUGUUAUCUCGUCGCCGUUGCACGUCCAGAUCACUCUAUCUCAUUUCGCUAUGUCCACGGCUGACCUGGGUAUUCACGAAUCUUUUGCUCAAAAGAUGUUGCGUACUACCAUGGACGUCGACUGCCCGACCUGGCUUGACUUUUUUCAUGGCGGUCUGCAGUUCCAGGCCAUCCACCAUCUCUACCCUCGCAUGCCGCGCCACAAUCUCCGCCGUGCUCAAAAGUACGUCACCGAGUUCUGUCGCGACACUGGCAUUCCAUAUGCCCUCUUUACCUUCUACGAUGGUAACAAGCAAGUCAUCGGCCGGCUCGGUGAUGUGGCAAAGCAGCUCCGUAUUCUCGAGGAAUGCCGGAAGUCGAUUGCCAAGGAGGGCGUCUUCUCGCAUCAUCACUGA